GCGUUGCAGAGAUGAAAAUUGAGGAACCCAAUUCCAACAAGAGAUUAAACGGUCACUCUCUGCCACAAUCAGUUACAAUCAACUUGGUUUCAAGUAGAGAAAAUGUGUUUAUUGCAGUUGAUGGAACAACGAUUCUUCAAGAUGAAGGUUUUGAUAAAAACAGAGGUAUCCAUGUGAUUAUUCUUAACCAGUCAACAGGCAGUGUUAUGGCCAAGAGGGUAUUUGACACUUACAGCCAGCAAGAGGAUGAUGCCAUGGUCCUGUUCCUGAACAUGGUGUCUACGGGAAGGAUUCUGGUUUUUGCUAUUAAGGAUGAGGGAUCUUUCCAGCUGAAGUCUCCG